UUAGAAUACAAUUUUUCGAAGAGUGCAAAAUUUCGAAAAAUAUUCAUCAAAAUGAUCCGCCUCUUACGUGGUGGACUAUGAUAUCCGCAUAGUCCCAAUUUAUGGCAGAGUAUAACACACUGAUUUACUUGCGAUCUAGAUUUUGACCGAGAUAGACCAUUUGCACUUUUCAAUUCUAUUAAAACUGCUACAAAAUGCCCGAUGAUUUUAAUGGAGUCUGGAAGUUAGUGAGGAACGAAAACCUAGAUGAUUUCCUCAAAGAAAUUGGGAUGAACAUGGUGUUCAGAAAAGUCGCUGGAACUUUGAGUCCAACAGUAACCAUUACUCAAGAUGGAGACAAAUUUACCAUAAAAUCCGUGAGUAGUGUAAGGACAGAGGAAUACUCCUGGGCGAUUGGAGAGCCGUUUGAACAGAAAUUCGAGGGUAAAAUGUAUAAGUGUCUCGCUAGAUGGGAAGGUAAAAAACUGGUUGUUGCUGCCCAAGCAAUAGAGGAGGGAGGCAAACCUCUAACGCUCACUAGGGAAAACCAGGGAGAUGAACACGUACAGACUUUAGAAUGUAAUGGUAAAGUAGCAAAGCGAUUUUUUAAGAAAUAGAUGAAGGAUGGGCUCGCAAAAACUACAGAUACAUGACAAACUGACAAACACUAACUUCAAGUCUAGAUCCUGUAAAAUCCAACAGCCUAAUGCACAAGCCGGGAAAGUGUCCCUCAUAUAUCUACGUAUAUCAGACAGUUAUAUAAUUUGGCAAUUUGGGAGCUGUGCGUUGAACUUUAUGUGACGUGGGCAGCUAUAGUAGUUAUAUUCACAUGUUCAUAUGUACGUGUAACAUGAUUGACAUACUAGUAAUUAAAUCAAAUAUUAUUUAUCAACGUCUUAUGUGAAAUCUAAUCUAAUUUACUGCCUCACACGGUAUAAGAGUAACUUUCAUAAAUAAUAAAACGACC